GGGGAGUGUGGCUCCUGCUUUGAAAGUCAUGGGGUGGUGGUGGCGGCUCCUGUUGGGGCUGUGGGCAGUGCCCCCCACGUGUACUGGGCGCGAGCUGCUCAAUGUCUGCAUGAAUGCCAAGCCCCACAAGCCAGAGCCCAGCCCGGAGGCUGAGCUCUAUGAGGAGUGCAUCCCCUGGAAGGACAACGCCUGCUGCACGGCCAGCACGAGCUGGGAAGCACACUUGGAUGUGUCUCUGCUCUACAACUUCAGCCUGGUUCACUGCGGACUAAUGAUGCCGGACUGCCAGAGGCACUUCCUCCAGGCCAUCUGCUUCUACCAGUGCUCCCCCAACCUGGGGCCUUGGAUCCAGAAGGUGGGCCCACACUGGCAGGCAGAGCGGGUUCUGGACGCGCCCCUGUGCCUGGAGGACUGUGAGCGCUGGUGGGCAGACUGCCGCACCUCCCACACCUGCAAGUCCGACUGGCUCGGCAGCUGGGCCUGGAGUCGGGGGAAGCCCCGCUGCCCGGAGCGGGCGCCCUGCCGCCCCUUCCCGCACUACUUCCCCACGCCCGCCGACUUGUGUGAGCGGAUCUGGAGCGGCUCCUUCAGGGCGAGCCCGGAGCGCAGGGGCAGCGGGCGGUGUCUGCAGAAGUGGUUCGAGCCCGCCCGGGGCAACCCCAACGCGGAAGUGGCCCGCCGCUUCGCCAGCCCCGCACGCUCCUGGGCGCGCUGCCCCGGACUCCUGGCCUUCCCUCUGCUCCUGCCUCUCCUCUCCUGA